UGCUGUAUUACUGAAGUAACAGGAACAAGAAAAAAGGAAGAGAGAAGAUAUGAGAGCGAGAGGGAUAGCAGUUAGUUAGAGAAUCGGAGAGGGACAGCUUUCACAAAUCAUUCUGUCAACAGAUCAUUAUUUGGUCUGUCAUAAAGAGGGGACAUCUAAAACAAGAGUGAGCCCUGAGCCUGAAGGAGGUUUAAAGAGUAAGAGAGAACAGAAGAGGAGGUGUGAAAAGUGUCCUCAUCAGGGCUUGAAGCAUAAAAGUGGACGGGCAGAGAAGGAGGAGAAGAAAAAGAGGAAAAGGGGGAGAGGGAGUGGGAGUGCAACCUGAUCCCAGGACUUACACACUGCCGGCAGUGAGAACGCUCGAACUUCAACUACUGGUGUUGCUACUACUGGUGUUGCUGUUUUCAUCCAAUGUUCAUUGUUCUGGGCUGUUUUUCACUUUCGGUUCCAAUUCUAUUGAGCUUCAAAACCUAUUUCUCCAAAGACAAUUUGUUUGACUUGUUCAUCACUGAGCAGAGAAACUACAAGGCUGUAUCAGAGCCAUUGGGGGAAUCUAUCUAGGAAGCAAGGGGUCAUCAGAUCAAGAGUUUGACUGUAGGACCAGUAAACGAGGGAUGUUUUGAGAGGCUUGCUGACAACCUGUCAAGCUGUGAAAAAACAAACAAACAAAAAAACAACAGAACCAAUUAAGAAGCAUCUAAGAAGCACUAACUAGCACACAGACUUGUCAUUGUGUCCAUGCAGCAGCCUUUCUCCUGAAAGCAAGAGGUCUUCAGGACAGGGAGAGAAAGACGGGGAUUUCAGCCAGACCUGCCGUCUUGAACAAGUACUCCUGUGUGCGUUUGCCAGCACUGAAACCUGUAACUUAGAGAAAUACAGAAAGCUACCCAGCUAAGCUCGUGUUUUGAGCAAAUUUUUAUGUAUUCAGUGUUUAUUUGUGUUCGAAUGUGGCCCUGACAUCACAUGUGCUCAGACCUUGGGGAGCAUUGCCUAGUGUCCACCCUCUGAGUAAGUGUGUGUGGGAGAGACAGCGCGAACAAGAGUGAGACAGAUUGGCUCAUUUGGCAGGACCUGAAGUGCGAGGGCUAGUCACACACAAGCUCUACACCUUUGAAUGUGUACUGUCUGGGUUCAGGAGACAAACAAACUCUGUGUAUACUGGGAUUCCCCUCCACUAAUACACACCAGCAUUUAUUGACUCCAAUUUUACAGGUGCUUUCCAUGACUAGCAUCAUUGUCAUCAUCAUCAACAGCAUCAGGAAACAUCCCAGCACCUCCAAGCCAAUUAGCUACUGAUCGUUCCAUCUCAGUCACACCUGACGUCAACCUUUACCUGUUGCUUUUCAACUGAGCCGGGUACACUUCAGCACUAGAACUCCAUCACCAUGAGGCAACUUUGUUUGGCAUUAGCCGUUGUUUGCUUGGCAUCUGUAGCUGGUGCCAUGUCCACCUGCAAGACUCUGGACCUAGAGGUGGCGAAGAGGAAGCGAAUCGAAGCCAUUCGUGGACAGAUCCUCAGUAAGUUGCGCAUGGCCAUGGAGCCCGAGUCUGAAGAGGAUGACCAAGAACAGAGCAUCCCAGACAAUAUCAUCUCGCUCUACAACAGCACAGUGGAGACCACCACAGACCAGGAGAGCAAGCUAGUUCCUGCCUCACAGUACCAGGAAGAAGAGGAGUACUUUGGCAAAGAGAUGCACAAAUUCGACAUGACUCACUGGACACCAGAGAACUUCACAGAGCAUAAACAGCUGUUCUUUAAUGUGGGGGAAAUGAAGAAGAGCAUCCAGGACUACAGGCAGCUGUCACAGGCCAUGCUCAGGCUGCGAGUGAAAGAUACUACAAUCCAAAGCAGUAUGUGGCAGAGACUGGAGAUCUACAAAGGUCUGGGCAGUGCAGCAAAAUACCUGGGCUUUUAUGAUAUCAAUAAUGAUUUGCUAAACAAAUGGAUAUCCGUCGAUGUAACAGCUACGCUCAAAGAGUGGCUCCAGUCUUCCACAAAUGAACAAGGAUUUGAGCUGAGGCUGCACUGUGGAUGUGGGGAUCCUGUGGAGAACUUCAAAUUUACCAUAUCAGGUUUGAAUACAGUGAGAGGAGACAAAACUUUUAUUGCUGGCUUAAUGCCCAAGCCGUACAUUCUGGCCAUGUCCAUGUCUGUUCCUGCUGAGGGCCAUAGCACUCAACGCAAGAAGCGAUCCCCUGCCACGGAACCAACUUGUGAUGAAAAAACAGAAGCAUGCUGCAUGCGGAAACUCUACAUCGAUUUCCGGAAGGAUCUCGGCUGGAAGUGGAUCCACAAGCCUAAAGGAUAUUAUGCCAACUACUGCAUGGGCUCCUGCGCCUACAUCUGGAACGCUGAGAACAAAUACUCACAGAUUUUAGCCCUUUAUAAGCACCAUAACCCCGGUGCUUCGGCUCAACCUUGCUGUGUACCUCAACUCCUCGAACCUCUUCCAAUCAUGUAUUAUGUGGGCAGACAAUACAAGGUGGAGCAGCUGUCCAACAUGGUCGUGAAAAGCUGCAAGUGCAGUUAAAGGUUUUGAAGUUCUUUCAACUCGAGCUCUAUCCUACACAAACAUACACACACACACACACACACACACACACACACACACACACACACACACACACUCACACAGUGCAGAAAGGACUUGAAGAUGAGAAGCAGACCAAGUAAUGAAAAAGAGCAAUGAGUACUUUUAACUUCUGAAUUGCUUCCGAAUUCUAGUCACGAAAGACGAUCUAGUAGACUUCCGUGUACUACAACAACAACAAAAAUGCUUUGUUUCAUUUUAGUAUUCAUUUAACUAUUGUAUUACUAUUAAUUUAUUGUUGCGUAGGUCAAGUUUCAUUUUACCUUGUUACAUAAACUACAUGGCAGUACACUGCUGAUUUCUAUUUCCAUUUGGUGCUGUUGGAAAAAAGAGACACACAACGUUGGAGGACAGUCCGUCCAGUGUUCUGGAGAAAAUAAAUAAAUGAAUGUGCUUACCAGCAAAUACUGAGAUGUUUGCACUAAUUCGUGGACACUGAAUCCCUAGAGGACAGCAAUGAUGGACCACAAGGACCUCGUUUUUCAGAAACUACAUUUCAAAAAUAUGGACAGACAGUCACUGAUGAGCCUUUGUGUGGCCCCGAGGUAUCCCUAACCUCCAGUGAUUAUUCUGGACAGCUAUAUGUGAAAUCCCCCUACGGGGCUUUAACUUGACUCCUUGACUGAAGGGUUCAUUAUGCUGUCUAUUUUUUUUUUCCUCUUUUUUUGUGGAAGGAAACUAUCCUUAAUGAUGUAUAUUUUUAAGAUGUAUAUUUUUAAGUCCAAUUCUUUAAUAUUCAAUGUAUCUAGUGAGCACUUCAAAGUAUCAAUUAAGAUAUCUUUAUAUGAAGAGACAUAUGGAGGCUCGGGGUUGCACAACUACAAUUUUUAUUAGUAAUUCAAAACGUAUUUGGCUAGUCGUCUUUUCCAGGUAAAGUAAUAACUGUUUCAGGAUAUCGCUGUUUCCAGGCUGUUUUAUUUGCACAGCAUGGAAUGCUUCAGACUGCAUUUUAAUUAUCAACCAUACGCAAUACCAAUGAUUGGACAUUUCCAAUGCUUUUAGGCUACAUCGUUAAGGAUGAAAGUGAAUCAAUUAGUGCAAUACAUAGUUCUUAAAACGUGCUUAAAACGUGGAUGAAAUUGCGUCUCAGCUGAAUAAUAGAAAAUAAGAGCAUGCAGUGGAAGCUCCUUAAUAGCUUAAUAAUGGAUGGAGGUUGCGAUGUCUACAGAAGUGUCUGGAUCAGUGGUGUAGUCCUAAACAGGUUUACUAUUACCCACUCCCCUGCUGCUCAGUCCCCCCUUUGUUCAGUUGGGAAAAAAAGAUAAAAUAAGAUAAAGGAAAUGUGGUGAAAAAUAGCUUAAUUUAAAUGUAGAGUAAAAUGAAUGAUGGGCAUUAUAAAACAGCUGUAAGGGGGAUACAGAGAAAAUGCUUUGCUAAAACAGCCAUAAGAGGAUUCCAGCUCGUGAGCCUUCCAAGAGAAGAAAAUACUUUUUUGAAUCAUUUCAUUUCAUCGCCUGUCAUGUAAUAAUUUUUUUUGUAAAGCCAGUACUAAAAGUUGUGAUAGAUAUAUAAAUAAGUCGCGAUACAAUGCAAUAUCAUAAAUCGGUAAUGAAUAAAACAGCACAAGAGAAAGAGUAAACAGAAGAGGAACAGAAGAGAGUAGAAUAUUACAUACCCCUGAGCACUGAGUAUACUUCACGCCUACUGCAAGCACUUUUAUUAAUUUUACCUGAUUGCUUGUCAGGGCCAGGGAAGAGUGGAAUUCAAAUAAAAAUGCAUCAAUUACAACAAAGAAUCGCCAUACAUACAUAUGGCCCUGAAUACACCACUGGUCUGGAUUUUUUUUCCGCCCUGAUUAAUAGCACCUGAAAAUGACCUCUUUUAGCUGUCAUGUGCCACUGAUCUCUAAACUAGCUGUGUGAGACUGGGUAGUGCAAGGUGUUAAUGCAGAAGAAAUAAAAAGACUUACUAAGAAGACCCAUUGUAGUCUUGUAAAGCUGACUGUAGAAUUAACUUCAUCUGGUCAGAAAUAUUUUCACACUAACAAAUAAAACAUUUAAACAUCUUUCCAUACUGUUCACAGAGGCGACUAGUCGAAUAGUCUAUGCAACCCCUAAUGGAGAGGCCAUCUACUAUUUUCCCCAAAACCAUUCAUCCAUGUUUUUUUUUGUUUGUUUGUUUUGUUUUUUGUUUUUGUUUUUUUAUACAAGCAGAGCAGGGCCUGUACAUGGUCCUUCACUUGUGUUUAAUGUGUAAGUCUCUGUUCUUUGUCCAAUGGAGAGAGUGAGUUUUGAGUGGGUCUCUCUAUUCCGAAUUUGGCCUUGAUGCGUUGACAUGUAUAGCAAACAUAGCAGGAGUAUUUAUAGUGGCAGCCUGCUUUCUUUCUCGCUCCCAAAUGAAAAGGGUCGGUUGUGGAGUUGGUUUAAGAUUGCGGUCCUAACUGUAAUACAUAAUACACAUACGCCCUACAAAGCUCAAUAUUUUGGGACAGAAAGACAUUCUGACCUCAUGUAGGGGUGAAAUAUAAUAUUUUUUGUAGGAUGUUUUAGAGCCUUAUAGUUUUGUAAUUGUCUUAUUGUAGAGUUGUUGUUUUUAUUGUAUUUGUGUGGGGGAAAAAAGAUGUUAUCUUCUGUGUAAUUCUUUCAGUUCAUUUCACUUCAAAGGCAUGUGGCCAUAACUCAUACUUCUCACAAUGAUCAUAUAUCAUCUACUGGUUUAUAUUUGCACCAACUUUAUUCCAUUAUCUUCACACACUGUUGAAAUAAACCAAAGAUUUAUCAGACAGACAACCAGAA